AUGGCCUUACUCAUCCGUAGACGUCAAAGACAUGCAAGGCAAAGAAGAAGGUGGUGGGUCAAACCCUGGAUUGAGAGACGUGUGCUGUUUGGACAGUAUGAUAAUCUGAUGACGGAGUUGCAGAGAGAAUGUCAGGGUGACUUCCUGAACUACAUGAGGAUGCCACCAGAAACGUUCCUUGAACUGUUGCAGCGCAUCACUCCGAGGAUAGAGAAGUCCUAUCGCUACCGGCAGCCACUGGAUCCUGGGCUCAAACUGGCCAUCACCUUGAGAUAUCUUGCGACCGGCAACAGCUACAAAACCCUGCAGUAUGCCUUCCGUGUUGCCCAUAAUACCAUCUCUCUGUUUAUACCAGAGGUGUGCCAGGCCAUCAUCACCUUGGACGGAAAACACGUGGCCAUCAGAAAUCCACCAGGCUCUGGUACGAUCUACUACAACUACAAGGGUUUCUACAGCCUCAUCCUCUUGGCCCUAGUUGAUGGCAAUUACAAGUUCCUCUGGGCUGACGUUGGUAAUCCCGGUUCAUCAUCGGAUGCCCAGGUCUUCAACCACAGCCCGCUGAGAAGUGGACUGGAGAAUGGUACUCUUGGCCUGCCAGAUCCAGAGCCCCUGCCAGAUGAUGACCGAGACACCCCUUACUUCUUAAUUGGGGACGACGCCUUCCCUCUCAGGACAUGGAUGCAAAAGCCGUACUCCAAUCGUGAGCAGACCGACGAGGAGAGAAUCUUCAACUACCGUCUCUCGAGGGCUCGCCGUGUGGUGGAGAACAGCUUUGGCAUCCUUGCCCAUCGCUGGAGAUGCUUGUUGAGUACCAUACAGCUUGAUCCAGAAAAAGCCAGGACAGUCAUUAUGGCCUGCAUGUGCCUCCACAACCUAAUGAGAGAUCGUUUUUCUGUUUGA